AUGUCGUCCUCGUCAUCUGACCGCGGUUUAAAAUCACGAGGCUCGCCCCAAUACAGCCCUAUUGUUGCUUUAAAACAGGAUGUUAAUUUAAAGAAUUCAAUAUUUCUGAUGCAAGUAAAAUUCCAUCUAGAAAAUUUGGAAGAUCAAGGCGACUUCCUGAGAAAACGGUUUCCGAAAGUUGUCACUAGAGGAGAUUAUCUGAAUGAUGCCUUUUUCACUCUAGGAGGACUUUUAAAUGCUUUCAGUUUCGCUCAAGACUAUAAAAAGAAGAGAGGAAAUAUAUUAUGGGUUCGUUUCUACAUGAAGAGAAUAAUAAGAGUUAUCCCACUGUAUAUGAUCGUAUUAGGUUUCUACGCAACUUUGUUCCCUUACUUUGGUUCCGGUCCUCUAUGGCCAACGUACGCAACCCAUCCACUUUGCAAAAAGAAUUGGUGGUGGAAUUUGCUUUUCAUCAAUAAUUUCCUUACAGCACGAAAUCAGUGCAUGAUAUGGACAUGGUAUCUCGCAAAUGACAUCCAGUUUUACUGUAUAGUUCCGCUCUUGAUGAUACUGUUAUCCAAAUGGCCGAAACUUGGAUACAUUUUGGCAGGUGCCUGCAUAGGUGGAUCUUGUCUAUCCGUUUUUUGGGUAACGAAAACUCUUAAUUUAACGAUUGAUUUAUUCAGGAUUGCAUUUCAUCUUUCUGACAUGCCAGGAUUUAUUGAUCGAAGUUUCGAAACUUUUAAUUAUCUGACUGAGAAGCCUUACACAAGAACGAGUUCUUACUUAGUUGGUAUCCUGCUAGGACAUUAUUUAAGCAAUAGAAAAAUUGGCAACUUCACUGAAAGAAAUUCGAUACUUUUGUGCUGCGGGUGGAUUAUUACAGCUCUUUUCACUAGGAUCUGCUUCUCUUCCUUUGGCAACGAAGAGGAAUUGCUCGUAACAUUUGCUGUCUAUAAUGGGAUAAGGCAUUUAUUGUUUGCAGCUGGACUGUCAUGGAUCAUUUUUGCAUGCUCUACCGGACAAGCAGCAUUCAUCAACAGUUGUCUUUCAUGGCACGGCUUCGUCAUUUUAUCCCGCUUAUCCUAUUGCGCAUAUUUACUCAACUUCUUUGUAGUGGAAUACUAUUUCUUCAGGUUAACACAAGUUCUGGAGUUUUCUGUUGCGUAUAUGGUAACCGUAACUGCUUACGUGUUCUUUUGGACAUUUAUUGCUUCAUUCAUGGUGUCAGUUGUCAUUGAAAUUCCUGUAUCAAGAUUAUAUUCAAUGCUUACCAGUAAACAGAAAAGUGAAUAAAAUGUUCAAAUUAGU